CAACCGUAGAGUGUACCUCAAGUAUCACGAACCAGUUGCGAAGAUGCCACCUAAAGCAAGCGGAAAAGCUGUGAAGAAAGCUGGAAAAGCUCAGAAGAACAUCAGCAAAUCUGAUAAGAAGAAGAAGAGGAGGAGGAAGGAAAGCUAUGCAAUCUACAUCUACAAAGUGCUGAAGCAGGUCCACCCUGAUACUGGAAUUUCCAGUAAAGCCAUGAGCAUCAUGAACAGUUUUGUAAAUGAUGUUUUUGAGCGAAUUGCUGCUGAAGCAUCACGAUUGGCUCAUUAUAACAAGAGAUCCACCAUUACAUCCCGGGAAAUCCAAACUGCCGUCAGACUGCUGUUGCCUGGUGAAUUGGCAAAACACGCUGUCUCUGAGGGUACUAAAGCUGUCACCAAGUAUACCAGUUCAAAGUAAACGCAUCAGCGUACAGAAACGGCCCUUCUAAGGGCCAACAAAAAUUUAACAACGUUAAACAAUCUUGGUUAUAACUAUAUUAUAUUCACGUUUAUUAUACUACUACCCAAAUUAUAUCCCAAUCAUUUCUACCUAUGUUCAACUAUAUUCCAAUUUCCUAUAAUCAUGGACUUCAUAAAAUUGUGAAAAUCAAGUUCUUGAAAUAUUCCAGUUCUAAAUUAUAUUAAGAGAAGAUUAUAUUUGUAGGAUUUCCUUACUAAAUAUCAUGAAAACUCAAAACUUGUAGGAAAGACGAAGCCAUUUUUCUAAUUGUUUUCCGCGGUGUUUUGCCGACUAUUGACUUGCGCAGUCCGUAUCCGAGGAACAUUCAAUGUGACGAUCAAUGAUGUAGAUUCGCUAAGCAUUUUAAUUUUUCAUUUGGGCAAAUAGAUAGCGACUAUUUCACAAAGCUCUUAAGCAUUACUAAAGAAAUGAAAAUUUUGAAAUCUAUCAU